AUGCAAAUUGAUCAGCUAAAACCUAUGGAGACAAUAGAACAUAACAUUGACGAAGGAUUAUAUUCAAGACAAUUAUAUGUUUUGGGACAUGAGGCAAUGAAAAGAAUGAGUGUAUCAAAUGUUUUAAUUGUUGGGUUAAAAGGUUUAGGAUGUGAAAUAGCAAAAAAUAUAUGUCUUGCAGGUGUAAAAAGUAUUACACUUCAUGAUCCUCAUCCUAUACAAAUAGAAGAUUUGUCAUCACAGUUUUUUUUUAAGCAUUCAGACAUAGGGAAACCUCGAGAUCAAGUUUCAGUUCCAUAUCUUGCAGAAUUAAAUCGUUAUGUUUUAAUUUCAUUUUUAAAAGAAGAAUUAACUUAUAAUGUUUUGAAUCAAUUCCAAAUUAUUGUUUUAACUGAAACUUCAUUAAAAAGACAGCUAGAAAUAAACGAUUAUACACAUGAACAUGGAAUAUAUUUUAUUUCAACAGAUAUACGCGGACUCUUUGGAAACAUAUUUUGUGACUUUGGGAAAGAUUUUGAUAUUUUUGAUAUUAAUGGAGAACCUCCAAUUUCUGGCAUUAUUUCUUCAAUUUCUCAAGAUGGUAUAGUUACUAUUCUUGAUGAAACACUCCAUGGACUUGAGGAUGGAGAUUAUGUAACUUUUAAAGAAGUAAAAGGGUUAUCUGCAUUAAAUAUUUCGCCGCCAAGAAAAAUUCAAGUCAAAGGGCCAUAUACGUUUUCUAUAGGAAAUGUUGAAAGCAUGGGAGAAUAUGCAGGAGGUGGAAUAUUUACUCAAGUAAAAAUGCCAAAAAAAAUUCAAUUUAAAUCACUUAGAGAAUCGAUUCAUUCUCCUGAUUUCUUGAUUAAUGACUAUUCUAAAUUAGACAGAGCAUUAUUACUUCAUAUAGCAUUUCAAGCAUUGCAUUCAUAUGUAGAAAAAUUUAACACUCUUCCUAGACCACGUAACGAAGCAGAUGCAGAAAAGGUAUAUUCUAUCGCCAAAUCUAUAUCUUCCCAAUACUCGGAAAAUUUGAAUUUAAAUGAAAAAGUGAUUAAAGAAUUAGCAUACCAAGCUCGUGGAGAUCUAAGUCCCAUGGCAGCUGUUUUUGGAGGAUUAGCAGCUCAAGAAGCAUUAAAAGCUAUUAGUGGAAAAUUUACUCCUAUCCAGCAAUAUAUGUACUUUGAUUCAUUGGAGAGCCUUACAACAUCUUGUAAUUUAACUGAAGAAUCAUGUGCUCCUAUUAAAUCUCGAUAUGAUGGUCAAAUUGCAGUGUUUGGUAAAAAUUUUCAAGAGAAAAUAUCAAAUGUUCGAGAGUUCCUUAUAGGAACAGGAGCUAUUGGUUGUGAAAUGUUAAAAAAUUGGGCUAUGUUAGGCCUUGCAACUGGUCCUAAAGGAAAAAUAUUUAUUACUGAUAUGGAUACUAUUGAAAAAAGCAAUCUUAAUAGACAGUUUCUUUUUAGAUCAGAAGAUGUUGGAAAACUUAAAUCAGAAUGUGCAACUAGUGCAACAAUUCGAAUGAACCCCGAAAUGUUAGGAAAAAUUAUAACCUAUAGAGAAAGAAUUGGUCCAGAAACCGAAAAUCUUUUUAAUGCAGAGUUUUUUAACUCUUUAGAUGGUGUCACUAAUGCAUUAGAUAAUGUUAAUACUAGGAUAUAUGUAGAUCAAAUGUGUAUUUUUCACAGAAAACCUUUAUUAGAAUCAGGAACAUUAGGGACCAAAGGAAACACUCAAGUUAUUUAUCCUUAUUUAACAGAGUCAUACAGUUCAUCUAGAGAUCCUUCAGAAAAAUCAUUUCCUAUAUGCACUAUAAAAAAUUUUCCGAAUCAAAUUGAACAUACUAUUGCUUGGUCUAGAAAUCUUUUUGAGGGUUAUUUUAAACAUCCAGCAGAAAAUGUUAAUUUAUAUCUUAGCCAACCCAAUUUUAUUCAGGAAUUAUUAAAACAAAAUGAAAACCAAAAAGAAAUUUUAGAAAUAAUAUAUCAUUAUCUCGUAACAUCUAAACCUUUAACAUUUGAAGAAUGCAUUGUUUGGGCACGUUUAGAGUUUGAAAAAAAAUUCAAUAAUGAUAUACAACAACUUCUGUUCAAUUUUCCAAAAGAUUCAAUUACUUCAAGUGGUACACCGUUUUGGUCUGGUUCUAAAAGAAUCCCUACUCCACUUGUAUUUGAUAUAAAUGAUGAGAAACAUAUGGCUUUUAUUAUUUCAGGUGCAAAUUUACAUGCUUUUAAUUAUGGGCUUAAAGGUGAAACGGAUAAAGGAAUUUAUAAAAGGACUUUAGAAAAUGUAAUAAUUCCAGAAUUCACACCAAAGACUGGCAUAAAAAUAAAAGAAACAGAUUCUGAACCUAAUACAGAUGCAGGAAUUCGAACAGAUCCAAAUGAGCUAAAUUGUCUUAUUAGUAAUUUACCCUAUCCAUCGACAUUGGCAGGCUAUCGACUUAAUCCUGUUAAUUUUGAAAAAGAUGAUGAUACGAAUUAUCAUAUAGAUUUUAUUACAGCUGCAUCUAAUCUCAGAGCGUUAAACUAUGGAAUAGAACCAACAACUCGCCAUAAUACGAAACUCAUUGCAGGAAAAAUUAUUCCAGCUAUUGCCACUACAACUGCUCUUGUUUCUGGGCUUGUUUGUUUAGAAUUAUAUAAAAUUAUUGAUGGGAAAAAUAAAUUAGAAGACUACAGAAACUCUUUUUUAAAUCUAGCAUUACCAUUUAUUGCGUUUUCUGAACCAAUUGCAUCUCCCAAACUCAAAUAUAAUAAUAAAGAAGUAUCUCAGAUAUGGGAAAGAUUUGAUAUUUAUGGUGAUAUUACUCUUGAAAAACUUCUUCUUCACUUCAAGAAUAAUGAGAAUCUUACAAUUACUAUGUUAUCUAGUGGAGUAAGCCUUCUUUACGCAUCCUUUUUUCCAGAAAAAAAGCGACAAGAGCGUCAAUCAAUGAAGAUAACACAGCUUAUAGAACUUGUCUCAAAAAAACCAGUUCCAGAACACAAAAAAACAAUUCUUUUGGAAAUAUGUGCGGAUGAUGAACAUGGAGAAGAUGUAGAAGUUCCCUAUAUCUGUGUUCAGUAG